AUGGCAGUGCCAGCGGCUUUGAUCCCUCCGACCCAGCUGGUCCCCCCUCAACCCCCGAUCUCCACGUCUGCUUCCUCCUCUGGCACCACCACCUCCACCUCCUCGGCGACCUCGUCUCCGGCUCCGUCCAUCGGACCCCCGGCGUCCUCUGGGCCAACUCUGUUCCGGCCGGAGCCCAUCGCUUCGGCGGCGGCGGCGGCGGCGGCGGCCACAGUCACCUCUACCGGCGGCGGUGGCGGCGGCGGCGGCGGCAGCGGCAGCAGCAGCAGCAGCAGUAGUAGCAGUAGCAGUAGCAGCAGCAGCAGCAGCAGCAGCAGCAGUAGCAGCAGCAGCUGCGGCCCCCUCCCCGGAAAACCCGUGUACUCAACCCCGUCCCCAGUGGAAAACACCCCCCAGAAUAAUGAGUGCAAAAUGGUGGAUCUGAGAGGGGCCAAAGUGGCUUCCUUCACGGUGGAGGGCUGCGAGCUGAUCUGCCUGCCCCAGGCUUUCGACCUGUUCCUGAAGCACUUGGUGGGGGGCUUGCACACGGUCUACACCAAGCUGAAGCGGCUGGAGAUCACGCCGGUGGUGUGCAAUGUGGAACAGGUUCGCAUCCUGAGGGGACUGGGCGCCAUCCAGCCCGGAGUGAACCGCUGCAAACUCAUCUCCAGGAAGGACUUCGAGACCCUCUACAAUGACUGCACCAACGCAAGUUCCGCUUCGUCCCCACAGUUCCCCGAGGGAAGCGCAGAGGGGAAAGUUCAGAGAUACCCGGAGAAAGCGAAUAGGAAAAGUUGGAGACCUGAAGCGGGCACGUGGGAACUGCGCGCAAAAUUUGCGCGGAAACUUCGGUACCCUCUAAAUAAGUUUAAAGACUGGGAGAAGGAACGGAGUUGGUGUAUGCAGCUGGCAGAGCUAGGGGAACGGGGCUGGGAAGGAGAGAGGUGUAGGACGAGACUAGAAGGAAACCGGGGUUAA